AUGAUCGAAAAGCCCAAUGAAUAUUUCUUGUCAGACCAGAUAAGUACAAAUAGCCAAAAAUCAAGUCUGAUCAAUAAUUUCGAAGAGACAACAACUUCUUACAAGAGAAUACUAAGGAAAAUCGACUAUAGAGUAUUGGUUCUUUAUUCAGUCUCAUAUAUUCUUGUUCAAAUCAAUAAGGGAAAUAUUUCGAAUGUUGCAAUUCUCAAUGCAGAACAGGGAAAUGAUAUUAAAACAGAGCUUGGAAAUUUAAGUUCCUCUCAAUGGGCAUGGUGUCUUUCAGCAUUCUACUACCCAUAUCUUAUUUUUGAAGCUCCAUUCACUCUUCUUGCAAAGAAAUUCUCACCAAAAGUAUGGCAAACAAGAAUAAUGAUUUCCUGGGGAAUCGUUUCGAUGUUGCAAGCAACUUCUUUUAAUUUUUCCGGAAUUAUAGCCUCAAGAUUUUUUUUAGGAUUCUUUGAAGCAUCUUGGUAUACUACUGUUUUAUACCAUAUGUCUUUCUUCUACAAGCCAAGAGAGCUUCCUAAAAGAAUAGCUCUUUUCUACUCUUUUGGGAUGUUAAGCAGUGCUUUUAGUGGAUUAUUAGCAUAUGGUAUUUCGUUCAUGAAUGGUGCUAGGGGUUUAAGUGGUUGGCGGUGGGUGUUUAUAUUUGAGGGCAUUCCGACGAUCUUACUUGGAUUCAUUCAGAUUUUUCUUCUUCCCAAUUACGUUCAAGAAAGCUCGUUUUUGACUAGCGAAGAAAAAGAGGUAGCUCUCAGCAACCUCCCAAAGACUUCCCCUAAAAAAGAUGAUAAGUAUUUCGAUUGGGAUACUAUAAAGGUACUUCUUCGAGACCCAACGUUUUACACAUAUAUUGGUGUAUGGCUUUUCCAAGGAAUUGGAGGAUGGGGAAUUUCUUUUGUGUUACCGACAAUAGUAUAUGAAUUAGGAUUCACGGAUACUGCAAACACUCAACUAAUGCAACUUCCGCCUACUAUAUUUGGCUUCAUUUUGUUGAACGUUUUAGGUAAUUUGAUUCACAAAAGAUUUCUCAAAUCGUUUCCAGUGGCAUUUACAUUGUCACUCAUUCAACUAAUAUGUUAUAUCGUACUUGCAACAAUAAAUAAUAGUGUUGGAAAGUAUGUUAUGCUAAUAAUAGCGUAA